UUUUGAACUGUCUGGAAGAUAUAUUUGUAUGAAAUUUGAUAAUAUUUUGUGGAAGAAACAAGGACCUCACCUACCAUGAGCAUGAUGUUUCAAACCUUUGGAGCAAUUACAGUUUUUGUUUUGUUGUUACAUCCUUCACAAAGACAUCUUUGUACAGCCAUUCGAAUUCAAGAAUUUGUAACUUCUAAUUUAUGGAUGCGUCAGAUACCUCCGGAUGACAAAGAUGAAGAAAGUGAGGAUGAUUACGUUGAUGACGACAUGACGUUGGACAGACCAAUAACAGGAGAGUCUGUAAAUAAAUUUGGUGCUAUGAAAAUGUCUGGUUCCACUACUCAAAUGAAUAAGAUAUCUGUAUCUGAAAGGACUGAAUCCACUAUCCAAAACAUGACUGCGCUUGUCACAUCAAAAGCUUCUGUACCCACUGAACGGAAAAAUCCAAAAUUUUUCCCGCGAAUUAUGACAGAUCUAACAGAGCAGACGAAUGCAGCAGCUGCACAAAUUUCUUCUCAGAAAGUAGACAACGAACAGACCACAGAGAACCUAGCUGAAGGAACUACGCAAAUUAUAACUGAAAAUAUUUCGCAAACUACAAUUGAAAGCUCUACGAGGACUGAGACUGAAGAAAUCACUCAGACUGCGUCUGAAGGAAUUACGUCAACUACAGUUAAUAAUGUCUCUGCACGCUCUGUUGUAUUAACUCCAAGAAACUUGCCAGUUAUUAUUCGUGAUGGAUGGAAGGAAAUAAAUGCUACUGUAGAUUGUUCGGAAGGAAACUUAAGCUGUGAAAAGUGUAAAGCGCUAUCUGCUUAUUGCCAUUACAAUUUUAAGAAGAAACAGUGUAUAUAUUCUAAUACUACACAUGCAUCACCUCAUUACGAAUGCAGUGAGAGAUGGUUUCCUGAAAGUGAAAACAGACCGUUCUACGCUACCCUGUCCAUUUUGCUAUUUUUGUCCAUAGCAGUGGCUGUGGUUAUAGCUGCAAUUAUUGGAUAUCGUAAAUUUACUUCUGGUGCUCUACCGAAGGAAGAAGUAAAUAGGAUAAGAAGAAGAUCACUUGGUUUAAUCAGAGCAAAACAGCAGAUGUAGGAAGCAAAAUCUAUUACAAAACAUAAUGAAUAUUCGUGUGCAUGAAGAGGCAUCUGAGACGGAAUGCUUAAUCCAAAACGGAUAAAGAAGAAUAAAUCCGAAGAAAUUAAAAUAGUUUUUUUCCUUAAACGUUUAGCAAAGAACCAAAAUAACUUUUGUCAAGAAGUGAAUUUUAGAUCUUAGAAUGUUUUAAUCCACCAUUCUUUUAUCACUGCAUUCUCUGAAUUUCGUUUAAAUACUUUCUGCAUCUUAUGUUGAUGAAAUAAGAAAAGGCACAUAUAGAACAAUAAAAAUAUGCACUUUAUGUGACAUGAUCUUAUGAAAUGCAUUACAAAAUAGACUUAUUAAACAGGGAAAUAAAACUUCUAUUUAAUGUAGCAUGUGUUUA